AUGGUGCCGGGCCAACCACUUGACAGGGAUAAAAUAGAAAUUCCCUCUAAUUUGAGACUCGCCGAUCCAGAAUUUCAUCUACCAGCUCCCAUUGACAUGUUAUUUGGAACUGGGACUACACUUUCGUUUCUCGGACCCGCGAAAAAACGAAUUUUUGCUGAAAAUCAACCUGAUUUAUUCCUUUUACAAACUUCUCUUGGUUGGGUUAUUGGAGGGGGAGCUCCUACAUCUAAACACACUCGUCAACGUUCCUGUCAUCUCAUUAACACGGACUCUUUGGGCUUUGAAUUGACUAAAUUCUGGGAAAUAGAGGACACCGCAGGAAAACCUCGUUCCAAUCACGUUGAAACAGCGUGUGAACGACACUUCAAGGAGCACGUGACUAGAGACAUGACAGGAAGAUACAUCGUGGCUCUUCCCUUCAAUAAUAAUAUCUUUCAACUGGGGAUAUCGCGAUCGCGGGCUUACAAUCGGUUCAAAUCUAGCGAGAAAAAAUUCCAUCAAAACUCUCAACUUGCUGAGCAAUACAAGACAGUCAUUCAAGAGUACAUUGAUCUUGGGCAUAUGACUGAAAUUGAUACAUCGAAAUUAGCUGAUCACGGGUACUAUUUACCCCACCAUGCGGUAUUCAAAGAAGGCAGCUUAACAACAAAACUGAGAGUUGUCUUUGAUGGAUCCGCCAAAACCAACACCGGGAUGUCCUUGAACGAUACACUCCACUACGUUCUGACGGGCGACAUCGAGAAAAUGUAUCGACAAAUUCUCGUGCGUCUGGAAGAUCGUAAAUACCAACGCAUUCUGUGGCGCGAUGAUGAUGGACCUGUGAGAACCUACGAACUCAACACCGUGACAUUUGGAUUGUCAGCAGCACCAUACCUUGCAAUCAGAUGUCUUCAUUAG